AGCACGCUGGGGGCGGGCUCGGCGCGGCGGUUGAAUCGCGGGCGGGUGGCGGGUGACGCGGGGCAUGGAGCUGUCCCCGCUCAUCCGGAAGCUCGGUCAUCCACUGGCUGAGAUCAGAGAGAGAAGCCUGAAGAAUAUCUUGUGCAAAUUAGAUCACCAGCUGAUUUCGUAUGCUGACCUAGUUCAAGAAAAACUGCUCUUCCUCCAUCUGCUGGAAUGGUUCAAUUUUCCUCUAGUCCCAAUGAAAGAGGAGGUGUUAAACUUGCUGAGCAACUUGGUGAAGCAUCCAUCUGCUAUCCAGCAAUUGAUUGGAAUUGGUGCAGUGGAGUUCUUCUCUCAACUCCGUCCUAAUGUGGAUUCAAAUCUGCAGGCUGUAAUUGAUGGGAUCCUGGAUGGACUCUUUCGACUUCCUUCAGAAAUUCCUUCCAGUUAUCCAGAGGUGUCUUAUCAAAAUCAGCCCUUGCCUUCAGCAGAACAACCAGUUUUACCCCAAGAAGAAAAAAUCACUGGGUAUUUUCAACAAAACAGAAGCCGUUUGCAACAGCUGGAAGUACCUGCCAAAAGAUCAGCUGUAAAUAAGGCAGUAAAGUGUUUGAAGUUUUCCACGUUUCCUUGGCUAAUGUUGACCACAACAGAUAGGCAUGUUCUUUCGUCAAAUGAAAGCUCUUUGAGAAGCAGUAACCACAAUUUAAUUUGGAGUACAUGUGAGCUUCUUCAGGAUGUUAUUAUGCAAGAUUUCCCUGCUGAGAUCUUUCUUCAGAGACCAAAGAUUGUUCAGAGCCUUCUGUCUUUGCUAAAGUUAGCUUUUGGAAGAGAUGGAAAACACCAUUUAGCCUUGCAGGCUGUAUCGUGUCUGCAGCAGUUAUGUAUCUUUUUAAGAAACAGGCUCAACUUUCACAGAGAUCCAAGUUUUUUCUCCAGUGAACAAGGUACAGCUUCCCAAAAUUCCUCUGUGUCUUAUUGCCACGAAGCAAGAGGACCUCCUCAUUCCCAGAAUCCAUCCCCUGGAAGUAGUAGCCCUCGACCAUCUGUGAUUGGACGUACAAGUCAGCGUCCUAGAGGUGAUGGCCAGGAUUGGGAUAGAGCAUCUUCCAGUGAAAGCAGUACUCCGGCUCCUGCAAAUUCCAGAAUAUCUCUGCAGUCACCACUGGAUAUAGGACAAAAUGACCUGCCAGAGGUGGAAAAUGAGGACUCUUUGGAAUUACAGAUGCAACAGCUCAGCCUUCCUCAGUUUUGUGUGUCCAUCCUGGAAUAUGCUGUACCUCUUUUAAGAACAGGCAGUAGAAAAGUGACAAUGCAAGUUCUUGAAUUGCUUGCUGAAGACAUAUUCCUUGUCAGUGAUGCAAUAUCAGAAGAUGUUUGGGAAGAUAGCAGCCUCUUUGGAUUAGAGUUGAAAGAUAAGCUGCUUAACGUUUUCAAUUCACUUGGAGAAACCAUAUCCUACCACAAAAGCAAUGUCAGUUCAGAGCAACCUGAGAUGAUGAUGGUGCACCACAGAAUGGCUUUUAUAAGUAUUUCACUUUUCACGGUCCGAUUAUUACAGACCCUACUCCCCGUAGAAAAGGCCAACAGUGUGUUACCAGAGAGCUUGCUGACUGCUUUAUUUCUUCUGUCCCUGGACAUGCCCUUUUCUUUGGAAUAUCCAAACACUCAUGAAUCUGUUGCAGCCUAUCUGGAGCAGAUGAAUUCUGAGAACUACAGCAUUUAUAAGCAAGCUGCAGAAGCAGUUUAUUCAAUUGAAUGCGCUUGUAACUUUAUGAUGGAUAUCCAUAAGGAGGGGGAGAAGAAUCUUUUUGAGUUAAUAGAAUUGGCAGAUCAGGCCCUUGGUAGUCUUUCUUACCAUCAACACUUUCCGUUGCUUCAGGAAUUCAUUCAUAUUUGCUCUAAUAUCUGGAAGUCUGCCCAGGCUAGUCCACGGCUGAAGACUGAGAGCCAGAAGGUGCUCCUCCAUUUGUUGUCUCAUCCUCUGCCAAAUAUAAAAUAUGAAGCUUAUCGGUGCUCUCUGGAAACUGUUAAGGAGUGUUUAGGUAUCCAUAAUGUCGCUAAACCCGUUUCAUCUAUUUGCCAUGGAGUGCAUUUUCUUCUUCAUCCAAAAGUUUUAUAUGAAAUUUCUACAUUUGGACUUCAGGAGUCUAAAAAUGAGGUGAACUCUGCUGCCAAGGCCAUUCUGAUGUAUCUGUUACAGGGGCAAUUAAUGAUGACAGCAAUGACCUGGAACAAUUUUAUUGAGGCUCUUUAUCCUAUCAUUCCAAUACUACAGGGUUAUGCAGACACUGAAGAUACACUGGGUAAGAGCAUCCUUGCCCUGAGUGAAACAACUUCUGACAAAGGAGAAGGGAUUCUCCCUAGAACUACUAGACUAAGAGCUGCUCUCCGACUUCUUUUCUCAAAAAAGCAGUUAGUGCGUUCCAUGGCACUUAAACAUCUAACAUUCCAUCUCAUGAAUGAAGAAGGGGCCAGCCUGAAGCGCCCUCUUUUACAUGGCAGUGUUUUCUCCAGUAUUCCUAACUUGUUUGUUGUGGAAAGACCUAUUGAGCUGAAGCUGGAUGACACAAAAGAGUCUGUUUUUAAGGCUGAAACUGUUGAAAAACUAUAUGCUAUUCUUACUUCUGACACGGUUGACUUAGUUUUGAGAAAGUCUGCAGCAGAGCAGCUAGCUAUCAUCAUGCAAGAUACUAAGUUGCAUGACAUCAUGAAAAAAUGGGGUGUGAUAGAUAAGAUACAUGCUUACCUGACUGAAUGUGUACACCGGGAUGGCAAGGUCAUGGAAUGUAUAGUCUUACCAUGUCUUAUACUUUUACGAAAGCUUGUAUAUGCUGAUCCAGUGACACGUCUGUCAUUAACACAGCAGCCUGCUGUCCUGCUCAUGCUAUUCAGAGUAUCCUUGAUAUUCCAAGAUAAUUGCGCUGUCCUGACUGAAACUGCAGUAUUGCUUUUUCUUCUGUUGUUUGAUGAAGUAUCAAGAAAAGAAACAUGGGCCAGUAUAUCCAGUGACUAUUCUAGCCAACUGACCUUUAGUUUGCCUGUUGCUGUUGUUAGACGGUAUCACGUUCCAGUUAUAGUAACUACUCAUCAUGCUGUUAGCCCAAACAUUCUUGUCUUGCCAAUAUCUGUUGAAUGCUUGAACUUCAACCCUGUAUCAGACAUGCUGAAGAUGGCUUGGAAUCUGUCCUGGUACCAUGGGAUUGAUAAUGUGUUGCAGCUUGUGAACUAUGAAACCGAAGCACAAGUGUUUUUAGACACAUUAAAGCUAUCCUCAGAAGACAUUCUCACAUUGAAGAUAACACACACAGCCAGUGGACUGCAGGAUUGUCUUAAUUCAAUUGUUCAAGCAGUGUCCCACAGGGAAGUUAGGGCUGCUGUCACUAGGAUGAGUUUUUAUAUUUUAAAUGACAGGCUUGCUUUAAAAUUCAGCACUGGGUCUUGUGGGGCCACUUUGAAGUGCUUGGCUUGGCAAACAACAUUAAACAGGUUUCUGCAAGUUCUCCCAGCUUCUACAGAAGAUGAGGAGCUUCUGACAGAUGUCAUAAGUUUUCUAAGCAAGUUGCUUAGGGCACAGAAGAGGAGCUUGGAGGUGGAUCAUUUAAAAUGGAUCUUGGAGACACUGCUUAAAAAUAAUCCAACUUCAUUACUAGAUCUUCUUGUGCGACCAGAAUCCCAGGUACAGGAUGAAAAAGAUAAUGUACAGACUACUAUCAGGCAACGAUUGGAGAAAGAACUCAUUAGUCUCUCUAACACCUUGCUAUUCUGCUUCAUGUCAGUUACUGACAGAAAGGGUUUGGAACUUGCUGACUGUUUCCGAACACAGCUGGCUUUGAAGCUGCUGCAGUGUUUACGGGUAACAAAUGCACCCCACUUCUAUGGACUUCCUUCUCUGGAGAGAACUUUACGAGGAAUGGUUCACGUUACUGCAUUCCCAGGCUGGAGUACACAUUCUGUCACAACUGAAUCAUUCACAAUUUGUAUGAAAUAUUUAACAGGCCUUCUUGAGGUCAUCUCGUCUUUUUAUGUUGAGUGGGGAGGAAAUGCUAUGUCGUUCAUGGGAAAAGGUGUCACCAAGAGCACAGUACUUUGCUUGCUUCACUUGUCCCAUGAAAUGAUGGCUCAAGCCAAAAAUACAGAUUUGGUCUCUCUCUGGUUCUUGCCUUAUGAAAACAGUGAAGAAGAAGAUCCUUCUCGACUAGGUCUGGCAUGGCUGGUUCCGUUAUGGGUAGACAGAGACCCUGAGGUAAGAUUCACAUCACUUGGAAUUGGAUCAGCUCUUACAACUCUUAAAGCAGGAUGCAUUGCUUUAGCAGACAGCUGUCAGAACAUUUCUGGAGGAUUAUGGGGAACAGUAAUAAACAUAUUUCUGGAUCAAUCUGAAUGUAGCCUGGUACGCCGGGAGGCUGCUUUUAUUCUUCAGAACCUUCUUGUGAUCCCAAUGCCUACUGAAGAGAAGAAAGAUUGUGCUUGGCAGGGUCCUUGUGUACAUGAUGAAGAGUCCGGCGUAUCUCAGAUAGGAAAACCUGCCCUUCAAGCUCUAUUAUACCAUUGCCACUUCUAUGAACAUUUGAAGCAGAUGGUGAAGAACUGUUACCUUGGGCGCUACAUAUUUGAUUUAAAUUGUUCCCUUGGAGACGGCCUCAUAGCUGGAAGAAGUUGCAUAAGUGACUUUGAUGAUUUAGUUAAUCUUUGGAGAGUUCCAGCCAGUCAGAGCCAAUCUCUACAUUCUCAAUCAACAUCUGAUACUAUGAUCCUUUCUGCAUCACCGUCAGUAGGAAGUGCUGCUGAGUUGCAGGUGCCUGUCUCAUCACAUUUGACUAGCUUUAUCCCUGAAACACCUGUUGAUCGACUUAUGGCUCAAGGUCAGAGUGACACAACUACAACAGCACCUCCAAGUCUAUGUGAUUCUCCCCUGUCCGCUGUUCUCUCUAAACAGUGUGCUGUAGUCACACCUCCUCUUGUGUCAGCUGUAUGUAGCCUUCUGGACAACCUGCUGGCUGUCAUGCCAAAGGAUACUGGAAUUGCACUCCAAAAAGCACACUUAUUACCACUUCUCAGUAGCCUUGUAAAUGCUAGCUUGGUAGAGAGAUGUAUUUUGGAACUGAAAGCUCCAUUGCCUCAUCCAUGUCAUAAUGAACAUACAAAAGUGCAGGUUUUGUUGCUGCUUCAGUAUUUAUCAUCAGUAUCCAGGCUUCUGCAGUCAUGCUUAUUAGUAGAUAUUCAGCUUGUGAUCCAAGAUGAGCUACUGAAACCUCUUUUAGAAAAUGUGUUCAUGAUCCUCUCUAUAUCUGCUAAGGAUGGCUUGGAUACUGAGUUAACAUCUGCUCUUCACCAAACAUGGACAGACUUGUUUAGCCUUCUGGCUACAUUGUUAAGGAAAAGUGGCCAAAUCUCUCUUCCAUCUGUGACAGCAGCUCUUGCAAAUCAUUGGACUGCAAUAAUUGAUACAGUUUGUGAUUGCGUGCGUCUGUCUACCAUGUGCCCUGACUUAUAUGUGGCCAGUUUGCAAUUCCUCUCCAUUCUGUUGGCUGAAGAAGGGAAAAGACAGCUCCAAGAUAAACAGAAUAUUUGCAAGAACCCAACAAUUACUUUUCUUCUAGAUGAAGCUGCGGAAAGUCGGGCAUCAGUAACCCAACUUAAUGAACUAUUAAUUAAGAGCUAUGAAGGAAAAUCCUCUAAGGACAUGCUGAAGCGAGUUUCUGCAAGUGCUUUACUGACACUGUUGGCUAUCAGUAAGACUACACAGAAAUGUGCCUUGCAAGCUAACCUCAUAGACAGCUGCAUCGAACAGAUGAAGCGCAUUCAUGCGCAGCUGAACCUAGAUUCCCUAAGGCCUGGAAAACCCACACAGAAGAAGAAGGAGGACAGCCUUAUCACAGAAUUAAAAGGUGCCAUGCAGCUUCUAAGAAACUGUCUUUACAGAAAUGAAGAAUGCAAAGCAGUAGCACUUAAGGCUCACCUUGUCCCUGUUCUUCACUGCCUCUGGCCAUGGUUUUUAAUGGAUGAUUCCUUAAUGCAAAUAGGUCUGCAUUUGCUUUGUGUCUACACUGCAAACCAUCCAGCAGGUUGCGCUUCUCUUUGUUGGGCAAGUGGUAGACUGUCUGCACUUCAGAGCACACAGAGAAAUGCACCUACGACCUCUCUUAUGUAUAACAUCAUGAAGUUAGCUUCCCAAACAGCAGCUGAGAACAGCAUAAUUCAGCAAACAGUCUUUUCUCUUCUUUCCAACCUUGCUGUGUCUCAUGACUGCAAAGGUGUGAUUCAAAAGAGUAACUUCUUACAGAACUUUCUGUCUUUGUCAUUGCCAAAAGGAGUAAAUAAAAACUUCAGUACUCUGGCCAGCCUUUGGCUAAAGCUUCUAUUGAACAUUUCCUUUGGAGAAGAUGGACAGCAGAUGAUCAUGAAGUUAAAUGGUAGUUUAGACCAAAUUGUUGAAAUGAGCAAAUAUAAGCAUAAGAGUCACCACUUAGCACUUCUUAUUCUGCACAAUAUGUGCUUUAGUCCAGCUAACAAACCCAAGAUAUUGGGUAAUGAUAAAGCUAUUGCAGUGCUGUCUUCCUGUUUGGAAAGUGACAGUCUCACUGUUCAGAGAAUUGGAGCAUCUGCACUUUGGGCUUUGCUUCACAAUUAUCAGAAGGCAAAAGUGACUUUGAAGAAUCCUUCAAUAAAGAGAAGAAUAGAUGAGGCUUAUUCUUUAGUGAAGAAAACUCUUCCACAGCCAGAAGAAAAUCAGUUAAAAAGCUACCACUUAAAAUGUUUAGAGAAUUUAGUUCAGCUUCUCAACAGUUAGUGACUGUUAGAAGACUUCUCAUAUUGAAGUUGGACAACUUGCUCAGUGGAGAAAGUAGGAUGUGAAGAAAAGACUUUUAUUCCUUAGAUUUGUACAAUCAGCACGUUACAGAAGAAAUUACGACAUCUUUGGAAAAGUUGAUCACCUUAUGCCAAAGAAUUUAUAUUGAAUGUGGUUGAACCUGUGUAUAUUGUAAUCCCAAUGGGAAAAUUUGAGAGUGCUCUUAUGUGUGGGAAGUGCAAAAAAAGAUUAUGUUAAAAUUAUUACUGGAAAAUAUUAGUUGUUGAUUUCAGCAAGUCUAAAUAAAGUAUAUUUUAUCAAAA